AAACUGCCAGACAAUGGUUUGCGGCGUAUCAAUUUUAGGCGACUCCUGUCGUUAAAGCCCUAAAGAAGGCGCCCAACUUGCUCCCAAAAGAUUUCGAUAUUGUAAACACUACGACACAUGAAACGGACCACAUCUAUUUCCACUGGCAAGCAUAGGGCUGAUGUAACGAUUACGGUUAUCUGCAACAGUGAAGAAUAUGAGCUCUCACCGAUUCUACGUUCAUCCUCAUGCUCAAAGAAGAAAUGGCACUCAACGAAGCCAAUCCUCUGUGGGGUCCUCCUCUAUGGGGGUCUCUUCUGUAGAGGUCCCAUCUGUACUAGACAACUCUCUCCUUCCAGCACAUCCGGCCUCGCACAACUUAGGUGUAAGGAAGAUGAUGGCGGAUAUGAAGAUGACAGUCGCAGCAAAUCAAUUAAGGGAGCAGGUCAAAGAGAACACGAAAAUCUAGCGCACGUUCCAGGAGGAAUACGCUAGGGAGAUGGACAGCAUUAGGAUCUACGUUGGAAUGGGUGUUCUUCAGCAAAUAUGGCAACAGAAAGUGGAAUAUUAUCGCAAGUACAAGCGCACCGACAGACAAGACGAUCACCAAUUCGAGAUUCAAAACAUGAAGUUACAAAGUUGCUUGAAUCAAGUUGAGGAAGUCACACAACUGCUGGCAGGAACGCAACGACCCGAUCACAAAAGCGAUCAUGAUUCAAGGCAGCAUCACUUGGCAAGGAUAAGGGCAACAGGUGACAGCGUUGUCAUGCUAAGCGGGAAAUCCACCAUUAACGAAGCCGCCUGCGUAGAUCUUCUAGAGGAGCUCGCUGCGCUGGAAAGGCUCGUGGACCCGAAAAGACCAACUGCGGAUAUGCUUCAUCACUUGAAUAAGGGUUCAACACAAGCCGUGUCUGGGUCACAGGGGGGCGGCGUAAUCCGGAGUCCAACCGUCAAGACGGAAAUAUGCAAGCAGAGAAUCACUCCAACAACUGAACCGGAGGAGAAUACGAGCCGAAUCUGAUGGAUACGAUAACGAGGAAACCUAGGCAGCAUUUAAUUUCAUUAGUAGUAUCCUAGAACCCAAAGAACUUGAGUAUUAUUACAUGACGUACCAAAGAUGAAAAAAGAGUGAAGCAUCGUCCCCACCAGAGUGAUCGGAAU